UCAGUUUGUUGUCUUGCUUUCCCUUCUUAGCUUGCUGUCGUGUCGAAACUCCAUGCUUGAAAAUCAGAAGAAGUCUUCUCUUCCUCGUGGCUCAGGUGUUUGAUUAUUAUAUGGAUUUAGGAGGAUUAGAGCCAGCUGCCCGUUUCGCCAUCGAAGAGUUCAACAAGCGAAAGAAUGCGCAACUGCGGUUUGUGAGAGUUGUGAAGGCACAUAGGCAUCUUGAAGAUGCCAUCUUCUGUGCACAGGAAUUAGCAGCCUAUGUAUAUGUUAUAACAUUGGAGGCAGUUGAUGCCAGCGUGGCUAAACUUUACCAGGCAAAAGUUUCGGUAAAUUUCACUGAUGGAAUGUUUUUGGAAUGGUUCUGUCUUGUCGUCGAUGAUGGGUGUCCUAUAGCACUAUUUGAUCGCCUAGAAAACUUCUUUGCUCAGAAGGACCAUGAAGACAAAGCGGAGAAUCAAAUUCCGAUGUGUAAAAAGCAGGUAUUUGCAAGCCUUCGGUUUUGCUUAUUACCUGAUCAUGUCCGUGUAUAACAGAUGAUGUUGGGCCUGGACCACCAUGCCAUCUGCCUUUUAUUGUUCAAUGUU